AUGACAGAAACACUGGAUUUUGCUGAUCUCCCUCCCUUUCCGCACGAUGUUCCAACAGCACCACUCCUCCGCCUGUCGCUUGCCAAGCUGCUAGCCCACGAUGACAGCGAGAUACAGCGACUCAUGCAAGCAUCAGAGGAGAUUGGCUUCUUCUACCUAGAUAUGCAGGGUUGCGAGCUAGGUUCGAACAUCCUCACUGAUUGUGACAGACUGUUUGCCACGGGAGAAAAGCUGUUCACCCUCAGUCUCGACGAGAAACAGAAAUACGACUUUAGUAGUCAGAACUCGUACUUCGGGUAUAAAUCCCAAGGGGCUGCAAUUGUGGACCGCCAGGGGAAUCCAGAUAGGAAUGAGUUCUACAAUGUCUCCAAAGACGACAUCCUCGGAGUGACCGCUCCGCUGCCAGCCCCGGACGUCCUUCAGUCUACCCGCCCAACCUUGGAGUCCUUCAUCAGAAGCUCACACUCCAUCGUGACUCUCAUUUUGACGCUACUGAACGACCAGCUCGGCCUUCCCGAAGCAACCCUCACAAAUCUCCAUCGACUGCACGCCCAAAGCGGCGACCAAGUCCGGUUCAUCAAGGCUCCUCCGCAGCCUCCAGAUGACCGCCGCACUGCGUUGGGCGAGCACACCGACUUUGGCAGUGUCACCGUCCUCUUCAACCGCUUGGGAGGUCUUCAGAUACUGCCUCCGGGAGAAGAUGCCCAAUGGGUUUAUGUCCGACCUCUCCCCGGGCAUGCAAUUAUCAACCUCGGUGAUGCGAUGGUCAAGUUCACGAAUGGACUCUUCCGGUCUAAUAUCCACCGGGUUGCGUCACCGCCAGGCGAGCAGGCGGAGAGUACCCGGUACAGUCUGGUGUACUUUGCUCGUCCGGAAGAUGAUGUUUUGCUGCGGCGGUUGGAGGGUUCGGACCGGAUUCCAGAACUUGAGGAGGGUGAUGUGGAGGAGGCUAUUAAUAGUAAGGAUUGGAUUAUUCGGCGGGCUCUAGGAAGAAGAGGCAAUUUGAAGGACAUUGAUUUUGAAAAGUCUGCAGGGACAGAGAUGUUGAGUCGCCGGAUCAAGGUGUAG